ACGUGUAAAUAUAACCUCCAACUUCUUUGGUAAUGUCUACUAUAAGCACUGAUAUCUAUUGGAUUAUUAAUAACAAACGCGAAUAAAAUAUAUUUUUAAUAAAAUAAUUACCAGCAUAGUUUAAAAAAUGAAACGUAUCUUACCAUAAAUGUUUAUUUACAAAAGAAUUAUCUGGAGGAUUUUGUGAGCAUGUUUAAAAAUAUGUUUUAGCCUAUAUUAAGAAGUCAUGUAAAAAGUAAUAUAAAAGUGGUUCCCAAAAAUCUUUCAGCACUUUUUAGAAUUAAGAACAAGAUGUGAAUAUUAUGUGAUCUUAUAUAGUGUAAUAAAAAGUGUUAGAAAAUAACACAUUUCAUCUUGUGUGAGAUUUUGUGAUCGAAAUAUUGUUUUAGUCUUUUAUUUAUUAAUUAUGUCCGCAAUGUCUGAGGAAAUUUUCAAUGCACCGAAAGCUCCGAAGGACUCGUGCUUCAGUGAACAUGAUUUUAUUCAGAAAGAAUUCGACGUGGAUACUUUCCUCCAAGAACAUAAGAAAAAUGUCAGUCUCGAAAAAAUGAGAGAUGACCUUGGAGUUUAUUUAAAAAUUCUACGAUCAGCGAUGAUUGAAUUGAUUAACAAAGAUUAUGCAGACUUUGUUAAUUUAUCUAGUAAUUUAAUUGGACUUGAUAAAGCGAUAGAAAAUCUCGAAGGUCCACUUGGUCAACUGAGAGAAGAAGUCAUGCAAGUCCGUCAAUAUUUAGAUGAUGCGAUAUCAGAGGUUGCAUCCAAUUUAGAUGAGCAUCGUCACAUCAGAGAGCGGAAACAAAGUUUGCACAGCCUGAUACGAAUCCACAAAUCCAUUUCAAAAUUAAGUUUAAUUCUCUCUGCUGGCAAUUCAAUAGAAAAUCCUAUCAAACCUGAUAUUUUAGAAAGGGCUGCGACUGAAUUUAAUCAAUUAAAAUUUCAUACUUCUCGUUGUAAUGCUGAUCUUGCUAUUGUUCAGAACGAAAAAAGUGCAGAACUUGAUGAAUUGCUCACAGCACAUUUAAAUCAACUCUUUCUAAAUUAUAUAAAAGGAAAGGAACCGGCCUUUUUGACGCGAUGUUUAAGAAUUUAUGUUACCUUGGAUAAAAUAUUGGACUCAGAGGAUGUUGUUAGAAGACUAUUAAUAAAACCGAAAAUUGAGGCAGUUAUAAAUGAAGCAAACUUACAGAGCGAACCACUUGGACUUCAAGGAAUUUAUUAUAAAUUGGAAAAUAUUUUGGAUGAAGAUAUAAAACAACUUUUGGACAUUACAUUAUAUCCUGAAAGAGCAUUAGUCAAAGGAUUUAAUUUCCUAGUCAAUAGCUUUUGGACCGAAAUUGAAGAGAGAAUCGAAGAAUACCUAACGUGCAUUUUCGCUCCAGGAAAUCCAGAAUUAUUCCAUAGGCGAUACACUGAAACUUUAGACUUCCUCUCGAGGAUGGAAAGACGAUGCGGAAGUGCAGAAGUUAUCGCCUCGUUGAAAAAUCACCCACAAUAUACACGAUUUCUGAAAAAGUGGAAUUUGCCUGUAUAUUAUCAAAUUCGGUUUCAAGAAAUAGCGAGUACAGUUGAGAGUGUGCUUUCUGCAAAUAUUUCUCCGUCUUCUAUUAAGAAAAGGAAAAAUUCGAUUGACCAAGACAGCUUUUCUCUUAAUGCAACUUGUGUGGUUUGUGACUGCAUUUUAAGAACUUGGGCAGACAAUGUGUUUUUCUCUCAACUUCUUCAUCGAUUUUGGAAACUGAAUCUUCAAAUUUGUUCGAGGUACAACGAAUGGUGUAAAAGUUCUUUAAGUCAGAGUUGGCAGGUAAUAACGAUAAACGAAAUCAGUACAGUAACUGAAACAGAAAAUCCAACAAGAUUGGAAUUUCUUGUUUGUCUGUAUACCGACAUAGAAAAGCUAGUGAAGAAAUUGCCAAGCUUCCUUGGAAUUUUACAACAAAAGUUUAAAAACCCAGACGAAAAAACCUUAAAGCUGUUGGAAGAUUGUCUGACAGAAACUAUUAAAAGUAUGGAGGAAACUUUGCCACUUGUGACUAGUGAGAUUGUGAAGGAACUAUUAUCUCAGAGUGCUUCACAUUUGAAACAAAUUAGCGACAUCCCAAGAUUGUUUAGAAGAACAAAUCGUGAAAUUCCAACAAAGCCUUGUGCUUACGUAAAGAAUGCUCUGACUUUUCUUUCUGGUUUUCACGCAGAUUAUGUCCCGAUCUUCCCUGAAGAAAUUAAACUUUGGUUGCAGCAAACACUUUUAUUUCUGACUGAACAGUACAUGGGUUCAGUAAAUGAUGUGAUCACGUCAGUUCAAAAGACGGAGGAAAGCUUGAGGAGGUUAAAGACGAUCAGGUAUAAGUCUGCUGGAGUUUCUUCUUCUGAAGUUCAGGGAGUGAGUGAUGAUGAAAAAAUACGAGUUCAACUCUCGAUCGACGUAACUAACUACGUCACUUUGAUUAAAUCACUUGGAGUAUCUGAGCAGGAUCUACCGUGUUUACAAGAUUUAACUCGGAUCGUCAAAGCGGCCGUCAAAAGUCGAAGUGAAUUGAAGUAAUUUUUAUAGAACGAUAUGCAUAUUUCCUACCAUUCCUUAUUAUUUAAUACUUUGAUGACGAUGAUAAACAAUUAUAAACGCGCCCGAUCAAUAAACACGCGUAUUGAAGA